AUGUGGUUGCGAUGGUCAUCGUAUGGAUCUCUCAUCGAUGACAUGUUGGAGGAUAACGAUGUGUGGUCGGCAGGUGGUAACAUCACUGCUGCAGAAAAGAAGGCGCGUUCUAUUGGUGGAUUCUCUCUUAAUACUUGA